AUGGAUAUUCCUGACAAUCACAUACUAUCUGAGGACGAAUACGACUUAGAUGAAGAUCAAAUGGACGAAGAAGCCCCAAACCAGGUUGAAAUAAUUGAUCGUUUAUUUUUACCAACUGGCCAGGACAUAGAAAGUAGUAGUAAGGAUUUAGAAUUAUUAGAAAACAAUGAUGACAUGCUAGUUUUUGAUUUCCCUGAGUUCUCUAAUGAUAAUAAUGACGUUCCUACUAAUGCUGAUAAUCCUAUUAUUUUUUCUAAUUUACCGGUAACUCCAGAUCCAGUACUUCAAACUGAAAUAAAUCGACAGUGGAGAAAGAAAGACGAAACCACUAUUGAGUUACCGUUAUAUAAUGAAAAUAAAAGCUGUAAUGUAGAGAUGUUCAAGAAUUGUAAAAGUGCGACAGAUAUUUUUGUAAAACUUCUAAAUCCAAUUAUUGAUCAUAUAGUUGAUCAAAGUAAUUUAUAUGCAACACAAAAUAACAAAACACUUAAGUUAUCUGCAGAUGAAUUAAUGGGCUUUAUCGGAAUUAACUUUUGCAUGGGAUAUCAUAAGUUACCAUCUUAUAGACACUACUGGAGUACUGCAAAAGACCUACAUUUACAAGUAAUUUCCGAAGUUAUGAGCAGAGAUAGAUUUAGUGAAAUUUUAUCAAAUAUUCAUGUAAAUGAUAAUACCGCGAUUCCAGCAAAUAAUAAAGAUAAACUUUACAAGUUACGUCCAAUGAUAGAUUAG